GCCCCGCUGUUCCGCCGUCCUCCUGUCGAGGCUGAGCUGUCGCUGGUAACUGCUGUUGUUCAGGUGAACAUGGCCGCGGGUCCUCUUUCUGUAUCUUCCAACGCAUCCACUAACAACGAUGGCAUCCUCAUCGGUGACAAAGUUUACUCGGAAGUGUACCUCACGAUAGAUAACUCGCUUAUACCGGAGGAAAGGCUCUCGCCUACACCGUCGAUGCUCGACGGCCUCGACCUGAACACGGAGACCGACCUUCGCAUCCUGGGAUGUGAACUGAUACAGUCGGCGGGUAUUCUUCUCCGGUUGCCCCAGGUGGCGAUGGCGACGGGGCAGGUGCUUUUUCAGCGUUUUUUCUACUCCAAGUCAUUCGUCAAGCACAGCUUUGAGAUUGUUGCUAUGGCUUGUAUCAACCUGGCCUCCAAGAUUGAAGAAGCGCCACGACGAAUACGAGAUGUCAUCAAUGUUUUCCAUCAUCUCAGGCAGAUGAGAUGCAAAAAGACUCCAAGUUCAUUGAUACUUGAUCAGAACUACAUUAAUACCAAAAACCAAGUCAUCAAAGCGGAGCGGCGGGUGCUGAAGGAGCUGGGCUUCUGUGUGCAUGUCAAGCAUCCACACAAGAUCAUUGUCAUGUACCUUCAAGUCCUGGACUGUGAGAAGAACCAGACACUGGUCCAGACCGCCUGGAACUACAUGAAUGACAGCCUGAGGACGAAUGUGUUUGUGAGGUUCCAAGCUGAGACUAUCGCCUGUGCCUGCAUAUACCUCGCUGCCAGAGCCCUGCAGAUACCACUGCCAUCAAGACCUCAUUGGUACCUGCUGUUCGGAGCCAGUGAAGAAGAGAUUAAGGAGAUCUGCAUCACCACCUUGAAACUUUACACUAGAAAGAAGCCUAACUAUGAGCAGGUGGAGAAGGAGGUGGAGCGAAGGAAGGUAUUCUUGGCAGAGGCUAAACUGAAGGCCAAGGGCCUGAACCCUGAUGGUACCCCUGCACUUUCCACACUUGGUGGUUUCUCUCCUGCUUCCAAACCCUCCUCCCCAAAUGUGGUUAAAGUAGAGGAAAAAUCUCCGAACCCCCAGACCCUCAAACCAAUUAAGAAGGAGCCAGACAACCGGACUCAGCUGAACAAAAGCCCACACAAUGGGUUAAGGAAGGAAGUAAAGAUCGGGAGAAACAGUAGGAGUGGAAGUCGGUCUCGUUCAAGAACGCGUUCGCGCUCCAGAUCCCGCUCCCCUCGCAGACAUUACAACAGCAGACGAAGUCGCUCAGGGACCUACAGCUCUCGUUCACGUUCUCGCUCACACAGUCGCAGCCCAUCGCCUCGGCGACAUCAGCCCUCACCCCUCCUACCCCACCUCAAGUCCAAGUCCAGCCACCAUGGCAAUAGUGAUUCCAAGCCCAGCGGUCGUCACAGCAACAGCGGAGGUGGAGGAUCUGGCCACAAGAGGAAGCGAUCGCGGUCUCGGUCACGAUCCCGCACUCCAGUCAAAGUAGACCGGGACCGAGACAGAGAGAGGGAGCGGGAGAGAGACAGAGACCGCAGUUCCUUUGACCUCUCAACCAAGAAACACAAACAUGAGCGUGGCGGUGGUCAUCGAGGAGAAAGGAGGGAGAGGUCUCGGUCCUAUGACAGGGACAGAGAGAGGGAGCGUAGCCAUAAGAGCAAACACCACAGCAGUAGUGGGCACUCAGGACAUGGCCGCCAUCGACGCUGAGAGUCCCAGCAACAGACUAGCUCUGAGGCUGAUGGUCACCGAAGUAUUUUGAGUAUAUGCAAAACAAGAUCAGGUUGGACAUGUUCUCUGAGUAGUAUUUGCUGACAUGGUCUGUUCAUUUAAUGCCAGCUGGAGUAAAUUCAGCAGAAACAUUUUGCAAAAUUAAUAUGGAAGUUAACCAUAUAUCUGCUGUCUGUACAGUCAGAUGGCAUUGUUGACAUGUCUCUUUUGGGAGACCAAGAAUUUGCAAAAAAUUUCAACACUAAGCACUCUGACUGUAGCCAAAUGCGAAGAGUAACUGAGAACAUGUCAUGUCUGAUUGGAUUUUUGAUAUAUUACAAGCCUUAUUCUCACAUAGUUUGGUUUCUGGGUUUCUCACAUGCAUCCCAAAGCGGACUAUUCAAAUUAUAUAAUUAACCUGGUUUUCUUUAUUUCCUUCAUUGUUGUUGAUGUAAGUCAAAGAAAGCAUUUUGUAACAUUUAUUUUUGUUUCAGUGGCAACAUUGUAUCUUUGAGUCUCAUUGCACAGCAGCUCAUCUGCAGAGGUGGUUAAUAGUUCUGCAUCUGAGGAACCCAGACUGCAGCAGCAGCUACCAUCAUGCUCUGUGGGUAGGUUUGUCUAAAGAGCCUUUUUUCACCUGGUCAGAUAACAUCAGUAGGUCAGGAAAGGCACCAGUGCACAGUGACAUCAGCCCAGGCCUGUCAUCGUAUUUUCCCAUGAUUCCUCCCUCCCUCACACACACACAUCUACAACCAACCAUCUAGCCUACCCUUGUGUUCUUAGUUUUACAUGUAAAGUUAUGGACUUUGGGGAAAAAGGAACUUUUUUUACAGUGUAAAGUUGGAUUGAUAUCCACUGACAAAAUGUGAAUGCUUUGAUUUAUAAAAGCGAACAGCUCAGUGGAAGGAUUGAAUGAAUAAAUGUAAAAUAAAAAUGUCAUUCAGGAAAGAUCAAUAUGUUUGCACAGUAGGGAACUGACAGGCGAGUGGUUUUUCGUUUCUUUUUUUUAUUAUUAUUAUUGAACAGUGUAUGUUGCAAAAGCCGUAUUUUGUACAGUUUAAACAAAAAAAAGCAAAUUGGUUAUAUACUUUACGAUUUUUUUUUCUCCUUUAUUUUUCCAGCAGGGAACGCAGACUUGGUUCAAAAUAUUUUUAGGUUUGUCAAUUUGUUACACUGGUUUUUAGUCUGCACGUGUUCAUGUCCAACUUUUAUUCAAUAAUAAAUGAAUUACGCCACUGAA